UCUCACUUUGAUCACUUUUCAUUACAAACUAAAACUCUCAGCUUACCUAAUUCUUGUGCUUAUUAUUAGUUUUACUAGCUUAAACCAAGUAUGAAGAGAUCAAGGGGCCAAAAAAGUGUCACUUUGCUAGUGAUCACUUUGCUAUUGUUAUUCACUGUGGAUGUGAAGUGUCAACUAACAGCUGAUUUUUAUGCAACAACAUGCCCUAAUCUCUUUCAUAUUGUAAGAAAACAGGUUCAAAUUGCGGUUAUGAAUGAAAUGAGGAUGGCAGCUUCUUUGCUUCGACUUCACUUUCAUGAUUGCUUCGUCAAUGGCUGUGAUGGGUCCGUACUACUGGAUGGAAGUGAUAGUGAGAAGUUAGCUUUUCCUAACCAGAACUCUUUGAGAGGGUUUGAAGUUGUGGAUACUAUAAAAACCGCGGUAGAAAGUUCAUGCAGCGGAGUUGUUUCUUGUGCUGAUAUACUUGCUAUUGCUGCUCGUGAUUCUAUAGUCUUGAGUGGAGGAUCUUCAUACAAAGUAUUGGUAGGAAGAAGGGAUGGGAUGGUGGCCAACCAAACAGGAGCAAACACAAACCUUCCUUCCCCAUUCGAUCCCCUGGACAUCGUCAUUUCUAGGUUUGCUGAUCAGGGUCUUAACUUGACUGAUGUAGUGGCUUUACAAGGAGCUCACACUAUAGGAUUAGCAAGAUGUGCUGUUUUUAGUUCAAGACUGUUCAAUUUCUCCGGCUCUGGAGCAGCAGACAGCACCAUUGACAGCAGCCUAGUAUCGCAACUUCAAAGCUUGUGCCCUGUCAAUGGUGAUGGGAACCAGACAACUGCUCUCGAUCAGAACUCGACCGACGUAUUCGACAACCAUUACUUCAAGAACUUGAUCAACAACAAGGGCAUACUCCUUUCAGACCAAGAUUUAUAUUCCAGUGACAUGGCUAAUACCACUACCAAGAGCAUUGUAGAGAGCUACAGUACUAACCCACAACUCUUUCUCACCGACUUUAUCAAGUCCAUGAUCAAGAUGGGAAAUGUAAAUCCAAUCACUGGAUCGAGUGGCCAAAUUCGGACAAACUGUAGGGUCAUUAACUCUUAAACAUUGUUUAAGAAAAAAUAUCAGGCAAUAAGUUGUGCACUUGAUACCUAAUGGUGUUAUUGUAGUAUGUGUAACCUUAUAUUUAGCUAUGGAAACUAUUUCUUAUGACUGGUUCAUGUUAGUCGACUCCAAAUCAUUUUAGGACCAAGGCUUUGUUGUU